GCCAGAGUUCAGCUUGAGGGGGGAUGUUAGACAAUAAUAAUAGUAUUACUUGUGGUAGUAUUGGUUGUGGUAGUGUUUCAUUAUUAGUCAGCUUCCUAAUCCUAUUUGUGGUAGAUGUUGUAUGUUAGUUAGUUUCUAUUCUAUAUUCCUAGUUGUGUUAGGAGUCUCUCCUAUAUAUACUCUAUCAUGUACUUCAUAAUUCAANCGUCAACCUUCUCUCUUCUUCUUCGACGUCAGCAGCUACCAGCGCACGUCAAUUUCUCUUUUCUUCAACGAUGUCAGCAGCUAACAGUGCAUGUCAGAAUUCUCUCUUCUCCAAUGACGUCAGCAGCCACCGGCGCACGUCAAACUUCUCUCUUCUCCAACGACGUCAGCAGCCACCGGCGCACGUCAAAUUUCUCUCCUUUCAAAGUUUCCAGUUUCGAGCUAGUGUCCAAGCUUCCUCUUGCUUCAGCCAGAGUUCAGCUUGAGGGGGGAUGUUAGACAAUAAUAAUAGUAUUACUUGUGGUAGUAUUGGUUGUGGUAGUGUUUCAUUAUUAGUCAGCUUCCUAAUCCUAUUUGUGGUAGAUGUUGUAUGUUAGUUAGUUUCUAUUCUAUAUUCCUAGUUGUGUUAGGAGUCUCUCCUAUAUAUACUCUAUCAUGUACUUCAUAAUUCAAGAGAGCAAUAUUAUUAUUCCAAUAUUUCAACAAUGUCAUGUCUAUAUAUACACACACUACAACAAACAUUAUGGAUCAAA